CGGUCGCUGCAGUAGACCUGGGAGAGUCGAAACCUGAACUUGAAUUUGAGCCUGAACCUGAGCCGGAGUCAAGCCAAGCCUGCCUCAGAGUGUCAGCAUGCUGCGCUGCCUCGUGCCCCGGCUGCUCUGCCUCCCUGGCAGGACCGCCCCGUACUCCUCCGCAGCAGCCCUCCCAAGCCCCAUCCUGAGCCCGGACAUCCGCUACAACCAGCUGUUCAUCAACAAUGAGUGGCGAGAUGCGAUCAGCAAGAAGACCUUCCCGACAGUCAACCCCACCACAGGGGAAGUCAUUGGGCACGUGGCCGAAGGGGACCGGGCUGAUGUGGAUCUGGCCGUGAAAGCUGCCCGGGAGGCCUUCCGCCUGGGGUCCCCCUGGCGCCGGAUGGAUGCCUCCGAGCGGGGCCGGCUGUUGAACCGCCUGGCCGACCUAGUGGAGCGGGAUCGUGUCUACCUGGCUUCACUGGAGACCUUGGACAACGGGAAGCCUUUCCAAGAGUCUUAUGUCUUGGACCUGGAUGAGGUCAUCAAGGUAUACCGGUACUUUGCUGGCUGGGCUGACAAGUGGCACGGCAAGACCAUCCCCAUGGAUGGUGAGCAUUUCUGCUUCACCCGGCAUGAGCCAGUUGGUGUCUGCGGCCAGAUAAUCCCCUGGAACUUCCCCUUGGUCAUGCAGGGCUGGAAGCUUGCCCCGGCGCUCGCCACAGGCAACACCGUGGUAAUGAAGGUGGCGGAGCAGACCCCCCUUUCUGCCCUGUACUUGGCCUCCCUCAUCAAGGAGGCAGGCUUUCCCCCUGGGGUGGUGAACAUCAUCACGGGCUAUGGCCCAACCGCAGGGGCGGCCAUCGCCGAGCACCUGGAUGUUGACAAAGUUGCCUUCACGGGCUCCACGGAGGUGGGCCACCUGAUCCAGAAGGCCGCUGGCGACUCCAACCUCAAGAGGGUCACCCUGGAGCUGGGCGGCAAGAGCCCCAGCAUCGUGCUGGCUGACGCCGACAUGGGCCACGCCGUGGAGCAGUGCCACGAAGCCCUCUUCUUCAACAUGGGCCAGUGCUGCUGUGCUGGUUCCCGGACCUUCGUUGAAGAAUCCAUCUACGAUGAGUUUCUCGAGAGAACUGUGGAGAAAGCCAAGCAGAGGAAAGUGGGGAACCCCUUUCAGCUGGACACGCAGCAGGGGCCCCAGGUGGACAAGGAGCAGUUUGAAAGGAUCCUGGGCUACAUCAAGCUUGGCCAGAAGGAGGGGGCAAAACUUCUCUGUGGCGGGGAGCGUUUUGGGGAGCGCGGUUUCUUCAUCAAGCCUACGGUCUUUGGUGGCGUGCAGGAUGACAUGAGGAUCGCCAAAGAGGAGAUCUUCGGGCCCGUGCAGCCCCUGUUCAAGUUCAAGAAGAUCGAGGAGGUGAUUGAGAGGGCCAACAACACCAGGUACGGCUUGGCUGCCGCCGUGUUCACCCGGGACCUGGACAAGGCCAUGUACUUCACCCAGGCACUCCAAGCUGGGACCGUGUGGGUAAACACCUACAACAUCGUCACCUGCCACACGCCAUUUGGAGGCUUUAAGGAAUCUGGCAAUGGGAGGGAGCUGGGGGAGGAUGGGCUUAAGGCUUACACGGAGGUGAAGACAGUCACCAUCAAGGUUCCUCAGAAGAACUCGUGAGAACGUCCGUGGCAGAGGCCCAGUCCCAGUUAGGCGGUUUGACAACCACCUAGACCAGUGGUUGCCAAACUUUUCUUGGCCAUGGAUCCCCUUUAUUUGUUCCAAAUGAACUCUUAGUAGGAAUCCCAACAAAUAAAGCAAUUAAAUCA